AUGUCAAAGAUCUCGGGUCCUGCAGCUGCUGCUCUGGCAUCGCUAUGCCCUGACAACGUAAUUUUCCUUCAGUCACUCCCUAAGGCAGAACUUCAUGCUCAUCUUAACGGAUCUAUACCUGUCAAAACCAUACUGGAACUUGCGCAGAAAUACCCGCCUUCUGGUGCACAUGCAGCUGAGGUCGCAGACACUAUCGAGAAACUCGGGUCUGGAGUUGACUUCAAUGAAAUAUCUGACUUUUUCUUUCUGAUGUCCGUUAUCUAUGCUCUGACAUCAACUCCGGAAGCAGUCGCGACCGUUACUCGUGCAGUCCUCCAGUCGUUCCUGAACCCCGCAGAUGAUGGCGCGGAAAGCCCUCAGUGCGCGUACCUUGAACUACGGAGUACACCUCGCGCGACAACACACAUGACGCGGGAGAGGUACCUCGUAACUGUGCUUGAUGAAAUAGAGACAUAUCCUGCUACUCAGGCCGCCCUGAUCGUGUCCGUCGAUCGUCGCAUGAGUGACUUGGACCUUGCAGAAUGCGUUAGUCUUGCCAUCGAGAUGAAGAACAGGGGCAGAAGAGUUGUAGGCAUUGACGUAUGUGGAGAUCCACGCAGUGGCGACAUGCGAUCUUUCACCCAUCACCUAUCAAGAGCCAAGGGUGCUGGUCUUGGGUUGACCGUGCACAUCGCGGAGCACACAGCGAAUACAACUGAGGAUUCUCUGGCACUCCUUAGUUGUCGUCCGGAUCGACUCGGACACGCGACAUUCCUUUCAGAUGAACUCAAGGCUUUCGAAAGUGCAGAUCCAUGCAUCGAGAUAUGCCUGAGCUCCAAUCUUUUAGGCAAAUCUGUCGCAUCUCUCGACGCACAUCAUAUUCACUAUUAUCUGAAGAACGACCAUCCUAUCGUCAUCUGUACCGACGACAAACUCCCUUUCAGAACGUCUUGUCUUGGAGAGUACUCUUUGCUUCUAGCGCAGCCUCCGCUAGGCCUUGGCUUGAGCAGAGAUGAUGUAGCUAGAAUCGCGCGGAUGGGCAUGGAUGCUGCAUUUUUGAGACCUCGUGAUUGUAGAUCCCGGCUCUAG